CAACAACACAACAUCCCUGUAACCAUGCCUAGAGCUGAAUCCAAACCACAAAGCCCUACUGCUUCGACCCAGUUCUACCAUUCCUCUUUUACAAACGGUGCAAACUACCUGCCAGAGUCGUCGCCAGCGUCCCCGACGACGAGCCAGGCUCACUCGCCCUCCCCGAGCAUCUCUUCCUCCGCUGCACCACCACCACAGAAAAAGAAACAUGUCUGCGGGACGUGUGAUCGCGCAUUCACGACGAGUGGUCACCUUGCUCGCCACUCCCGCGUGCACACAGGUGAAAGGAACCACAAGUGCCCUUUCCCUGGCUGCGAGACUCGUUGUUCGCGACAAGAUAACCUUCAGCAACAUUACCGCAUCCAUCUCUCUCCAGGGUCCAGACGCAGCUCAACGCGCUCUGCCAUCUCUCGAGCCAUGAACCCAAGCAAACGCGGUACAACCGCCUCUUCUUCAGCAACCGAUGCCUCCCAAUCGCCCGCUCCAGCUCCACUCUCACCACCUGCCUUGGAGCCAGCGCGCUACGCACCCCACUCACCCCCACCCGACUCCCCUCCUCCCCUUGCACAAGCUACCCUCCCAGCCACGGCGCACAUGCACCAUGGCCAUCACCAUCACCAAGACAACUCGGCGCCUUCGUCGCGCUCUUCCAGUUCUCCAGAUAUCAAUUACUCGAAUGGGGGGAGCAUGAGCCAGUCGAUGGUUCCCCAGCUUUCGCAGAGCCAGCAGUAUUCGUAUAGAAGUGGAACGACGACGUAUCAAGAACAAUCGCAGGGUGCUGGGGUGGGUGGGUUCACCUACGUGCACACUACCCCCAUCUCGCACAGCAGCGGAAACACCCCGCCUUCGUCUGCUACUUCGUCUUUUUCCGGCUCAUAUUCGAGUUCGCAUCAUAGCCAUCAUCACCAGCAGCAGCAGCAGCACCAUCACCAUGAAGGAGGCUAUCGAGAUGUUUCGCCAGUGUCUAUCUCCUCACGGCACUCCAUCUCGCACAUCUCCCACCCUCAACAAAGGCACCAUCAUCAUCAUUCUGGCCCUCCUUCGCCCGCCUCUUCGCAUUCAGUGUCUUCACACACCUCGGGCCCACCCACCCCCACUUCCUACCCGCCCGUCUUCCACGACGAGCACCACCAAUCGUAUCACGGGCAUAACAACACGCAUGCUCACCACCAGCAGCAACAGAUGGGCCCUGCGACGUAUGGGAAUGCGCGGUUUGACAGCCCCCCGCCCACGUUGGCUCCCAUUCAGGAUGAGAGGCUGAUUAGGAGGGAUGUGGAGAGGGGGUCUCCGCAUAUUUAUCAGCCUCAGCCGAUGCCGGAGUAUCAGUAUCAUUCGGGACUUGGACAUGGUGCUUGGAAGAACGAGGGAGGGUUGAGGAAGGGUGUUGGUGCGCUUGUUCAAUGAUUUUCUUUUUGUGGAACUUUCUUUUUGUGGAUAUAGAAUCUCUCGUCUUUCCUCUCUCGUCUCGUUUUGCUUGAUACAACUCGUACAUACACUUUACAGCUACCUAGUUUCAGUCUCUUUUCUCUCGUCAAAGAAUGUAAUUAUAUGACCCAUGGAAAAUACCAUGCUGCUGAAAAAAAAAAAAAAAGAAAA